CCCUUCCCUUCCAGUUCCUCGUCUCUCUCCUCCUCACCACGCCACCGACGGCGACCACCUCUCUCUGUCUCUCUCUCCCCUCCUCCGCCUUCACUGAGGCCAUCCGAGAUCCGGGUUUCGUUCGCCAGGUAAACCCUAUUACAGUCCCCCUUUCCCCCCAAUCCGACCUAACCCUCCGGGUCCGGUCCCUCGAGAGGAGCAGAUUCGGAUCCGGCUCGGCGGGAUGGAUCCCGAAGAGAGCGCCGCGCCGGCGCCGAACCAUGGGGAGGAGACGAGUUCGCCACCGUUGGAAGAAGAGCAGGCGCCGCCGGUGCAGGAAGUGUCAGCGGGGGAGGGCAGUCAGGUGAGCAGGGGCGAGGCGGCGGGGCGGGCCCACGAGGAGGAGGAGCUCACGCGGCAGGUCAUGGAGCUCGGCCUCCAGAACGAGUACCUCAGGUCCCAGAUCUCCGGCGCCCGGCCGUCGGGCGGCGCGGGGGGCACCGCGGAUGAGGGGUCGGAGCUCGUGAGUGGCUUGAAGCAGCAGGUCGAGAGGCUGAGCAGGGAGGUGCGGGAACAGCGGCAGACGCGAGAGGCAGCGGAGGCGGCCCUGGAGCACGUCAACGUGGCCUACGCCGAGGCCGACGGCAAGGUCCAGGAGCUCACUGCCAAGCUUGCACAAGCUCAACGGAAAAUGGAAGAAGAACUAAAAGAACGAGAUGACAAAUAUGUUGAGCUGGAUACCAAGUUCCAGAGGCUUCACAAGCGUGCAAAACAACGUAUACAAGAUAUACAGAAGGAAAAAGACGACUUGGAAGCUCAAUUUAAUGAAAUUAAUCAGAAGGCUGAACAGGCCACUUCUCUGCAGCUGGCGGCACAGCAGGACCUGGAGCGUGCUCGUCAGCAGGCUAGUGAGGCUCUACGGUCAAUGGAUGCUGAAAGGCAGCAAUUGCGAACAGUGAACAGCAAGUUGAGGACUAACCUCGAUGAGACACGUCUUGCCUUGGAGGCCAGAAACAAUUCCCUCGAGAAGUUGCAACAAUCAAUGCUUGAAAAAGAGCAGAUGCUAGAGAAAAUUCAAGGAUCACUGCAAUCUGCUGAAGAUAAGAGCACAGCAAUAAUUUCAGAGCUCACUGCUAAGCAUCAGAAGCAAUUAGAAAGCUUGCAGGCACAGCUUGCUGAAGUUUCUGCAGAAAGGUUGAAGGCAUCUGAAACGAUUCAGUCUCUACAGGUGGUACUAACGGAGAAAGAUUCAGAAAUAGCUGAAAUUGAAGCAGCAUCAACAGGUGAAGCUGCCCGGCUUAGAGCUGCCCUGGAGGAGGUUAAAGGGGAGCUUGCUCAUCUAAAGGAUCAACAUGAAAAAGAAAGGCAAAGCUGGGAAGCUGCUUCUGAAUCUCUUAGGUCAAAGCUGGAAGCAUCAGAAAGUGCAUGCCUUAGAUCUGAGAUAGAAUCUGCUAAAGUUAAAAGUCAAUUGGAGUUAGAGUUGUCAACACAAAAUCAAUUGUUGCAAACCAAAUGUUCUGAUCUAAUGGCUGCAAAACACGAGAUUAGUCGACUAGAAAGUGAUUUUUCCACGUACAAGAUCCGGGCACAUGCGCUUCUGCAGAAGAAGGAUGCUGAGCUGAAUGCAGCUAAAAAUUCAGAUUCGAUGAAAGCACAUGAAGAGGCACUAAGGGAAGCUGAAAAGGAGGUGGCAGCUGCCUUAGCGGAACGAGAUAAAGCAAUCCAUGACCUUCAAAAUGUGCAAUCCAGACACGGUGAGGAGAUUGAGGCAAGAGAUUUGGCUCUUGCUGAUGCUGAAAAAAAGCUAAAGAAUGUAAUGAAAAAAUUGGAUUCUGUUACUUCAAAUUUCCUCUCAGAAAAAGAAUCGUGGGAGAAAAACUUGGCAAGUGUAGAGGAAAACUGGAGAUUGAAAUGCGAGUCCUUGAAGGCUCAGAGCAAUGGCCAUGUUGACGAUCAACUUGAGAAGAAUUUAGGGGAGUUGAAACUAAAAUAUGAGAAAUUGAAGGAAGAGCAUGAAUCAUUCCGCAAUAUUGCUGAUAGAAUGAUUGAAGACAAGGAACAAGAGAUAGCUAAACUCCUCAAGGAAAACAGGGAUCUUCAUCAUUCUUUAGAGGCUAAAGCAGCAGUUAGCAACAAUGAUUAUAAUAGUCGAGGACCUGUUAAGCAGGAUACAAUGAAUGUUGAAUUGGCUGAGCAGCAAAUUCUGCUUCUUGCACGACAACAAGCACAAAGAGAGGAGGAAUUGGCUCAGUCACAGAGGCAUAUCUUAGCGCUUCAACAAGAAAUUGAGGAGCUGGAGCGUGAAAACCGUCUUCAUGAUCAACAAGAAGCAAUGUUGAAAACUGAGCUUCGCAAUAUGGAGAGAUCACAAAAGCGAGAAGGAAUAGAUAUGACAUAUCUCAAAAAUGUGAUUCUAAAGCUUCUUGAAACAGGGGAAGUGGGGGCCUUGUUGCCUGUGGUUGCGACGUUACUACAAUUCAGUCCUGAUGAGCUCAAGAAGUGCCAGCAUGGUGUCCUUUCAAGUGUGGCUUCGUCACAACCUACUGCUGCAGUGUCAGAUGGUGCAUCCACACCGAAUUCGUUCUUUUCAAGAUUCUCGUUCUAGCGGAGGUACAUGACAUUGCUUUUGAAGAUCCACACUCUAAAUUGGAGGAGAGGAUGUUUUAAGCCUACAGAUUCACAGUUUUGCUGAGUGUAGAAGAUGCUAUUCAUUUAUUGUUUCCAGGCUUCUUACCUGGUCACCUUUUGUAAAAGUAGUGUGUAUAGUUACAAAUACUUGUGCUACAAGCAAGUAAUGAUCAAAAUGAAAUGGGGAAUAAACAGUGGGAUUACCAUAGGCUUAAGGGGGAAAAUGGGUGCAUAGACUGUUGUAUAAUUACAUUGGAUAUCUUGAGAACUCAUGAAUGGUGCUUUGGAACAAA